CAGGCUGUCGUGAGGUCCAUUCCGGAAGUAGACCCUUUAUUUAGCCUUUCUUUGCGGAAGCCUGUCACAACCUAGCCAUUCUUUUGAGGAAGUUCGUCACGUCGCAGUUGCCCCCGCACAGCGGAUGUGUGUCGCCGCUUAGGUGACGCUGGGAAGUGCUUGCAGCCUCCGCCGCUGCCUUCUGGUUGAAGCACUAUGGAGGGAGAGAGGAAGAACAACAACAAACGGUGGUAUUUUACUCGCGAACAGCUGGAAAACAGCCCAUCACGUCGUUUUGGCAUGGACCCGGAUAAAGAACUUUCUUCUCGCCAGCAGGCGGCCAAUCUGCUCCAGGACAUGGGACAACGUCUUAACGUCUCACAAUUGACUAUCAACACUGCUAUAGUAUACAUGCAUCGAUUCUACAUGAUUCAGUCCUUUACACAGUUCCAUCGAAAUUCUGUGGCUCCAGCAGCCUUAUUUCUAGCAGCUAAAGUAGAGGAGCAACCGAAAAAAUUGGAACACGUCAUCAAGGUAGCACAUGCUUGUCUCCAUCCGCAGGAAUCACUUCCUGAUACUAGGAGUGAGGCUUACCUGCAACAAGUUCAAGAUCUGGUGAUAUUAGAAAGCAUAAUUCUGCAGACUUUAGGAUUUGAACUGACAAUUGAUCACCCACAUACACAUGUGGUAAAGUGCACUCAACUGGUAAGAGCAAGCAAGGACUUAGCGCAGACUUCUUACUUCAUGGCAACCAACAGCCUGCAUUUGACCACAUUUAGCCUGCAGUACACACCUCCUGUGGUGGCCUGUGUCUGCAUUCAUCUGGCUUGCAAGUGGUCCAACUGGGAGAUCCCAGUCUCAACUGAUGGGAAGCACUGGUGGGAGUAUGUUGACGCCACUGUGACCUUGGAACUUUUAGAUGAACUGACACAUGAAUUUCUACAGAUUCUGGAGAAAACCCCCAACAGGCUCAAACGAAUUCGGAAUUGGAGGGCAUGCCAGGCUGCCAGGAAAACAAAAGCAGAUGAUCGAGGAACAGAUGAAAACACUUCGGAGCAGACAAUUCUCAAUAUGAUUUCCCAGAGCUCUUCAGACACAACUAUCGCAGGUUUAAUGAGCAUGUCAACUUCCUCUACCACAAGUGCAGUGCCUUCCCUUCCAGCCACUGAAGAGUCAUCCAGCAACCUAAGCAAUGUGGAGAUGUUGCAGGGCGAACGUUGGCUGUCCUCCCAACCCCCUUUUAAACUGGAACCUGCUCAGGGUCAUCGGACUAAUGAGAAUUUGGCACUUAUAGGAGUUGAUCAUUCUUUGCAACAGGAUGGUUCAAAUGCAUUUAUUUCCCAGAAGCAGAAUAGUAAGAGUGUGCCAUCAGCUAAAGUGUCUCUGAAAGAAUACCGUGCAAAGCAUGCAGAAGAGUUGGCUGCCCAAAAGAGGCAAUUAGAAAACAUGGAGGCCAAUGUGAAGUCACAAUAUGCAUAUGCUGCCCAGAAUCUCCUGUCUCACCAUGAUAGCCAUUCUUCAGUCAUUCUGAAAAUGCCCAUAGAGAGCUCAGAAAACCCUGAGAGGCCUUUUCUGGAAAAGGCUGACAAAGCAGCUCUCAAAAUGAGAAUCCCAGUGGCAAGUGGAGAUAAAGCUGCCUCUUCAAAACCAGAGGAGAUAAAAAUGCGCAUUAAAGUCCACGGGGCAGCUGACAAGCACAAUUCUGUAGAGGACAGUGUCACAAAGAGCCGAGAGCACAAAGAAAAGCACAAGACCCACCCAUCUAAUCAUCAUCAUCAUCAUAAUCACCACUCACACAAGCACUCUCACUCACAGCUUCCAGCUGGUACUGGGAACAAACGUCCAGGAGAUCCAAAACAUAGUAGCCAGACAAGCACCUUACCACAUAAAACCUAUAGCUUGUCAAGUUCUUUCUCCUCUUCUAGUUCUACUCGUAAAAGGGGCCCCUCUGAAGAAACUGGAGGGGCAAUGUUUGAUCAUCCAGCCAAGAUUGCCAAGAGUACUAAAUCCUCUUCCAUAAAUUUCUCCUUCCCUCCUCUUCCUACAAUGGCCCAGUUGCCUGGGCAUAGCUCAGACACAAGUGGCCUUCCCUUUUCACAGCCCAGCUGUAAAACUCGAGUUCCUCAUGUGAAACUGGAUAAAGGGCCCACUGGGGCCAAUGGUCACAACACAACCCAGACAAUAGACUAUCAAGAUACUGUGAAUAUGCUUCACUCCCUUCUCAGUGCCCAGGGUGUUCAGCCCACUCAGCCCCCUGCAUUUGAAUUUGUCCAUUCUUAUGGUGAAUAUCUGAAUCCACGGGGUGGUGGAAUGUCCUCCAGGUCUGGCAAUACAGACAAACCCCGGCUCCCACCUCUACCAUCAGAACCUCCUCCACCACUUCCACCCCUUCCUAAGUAAAAAAGACAAGAGGAGAAAAAAAACUUCCCUGUAAACAAUUUUUUUUUUUUAAACUACUGAUUCUGGACUAAGGAAUUUAACUUCCCUCAUGAAAUAUGUCACCCUUCUUGGACUAGGGAAUAAAUGAAUAUUGACAUCCAGGUGGGAGGAUGGUAGAGGGGCGUGGUUGUUAUAUCGACUGCCUCAGAAAUUUAACUAUUUUAUUAUAGUUUUUACUGGUAUUAGAGAGGUGAGAAUGUGUUAAACUGUGAAGGAUUUAGAGUACUUUCUCUGUUCUUGGCCUCUCCACCUCCUAAUUAGAUCGAUUAGAGUUGAUGUCUUCCCUCUUCGUGCUAGGACUGAAGUAUGGAGGGUUGGUUUUAUCAAACACUUGUGGAUCCUUUUGAUGUUUAAUAUAUCAGAAGAGAGGAAGUAUUUAAACAUGAAAAUCUUUUAAGAGACUUUUAAAAAUAAUUUAAAGAAA